AUUUUCAAAUAUAUUUUGCCUGCAUUUUUUGUCUAUUUAUUUCCCAAUUAAUUUCUUAGAAUACAAAAUCCACUUCUGCCCUAAUUUCGGAACCACUCCCCCUUUCAGCCGGUAAUGGCAACCAUUGAAAUGAAUCAACUCUCUACGCAGUUAGUAUCUCUGCUUCCGCUCGCCGUUCAGUUAUGGAGGCUUUAACUUCAAUCCCUAGUUUCAAUUCGAUCCUCAAAUUGAUCAAUUAGGCCAAUUUCAAACCUUCGAUUUCUACUCGUAAAGAUACGCACGGAUCUAAUUACCCUAAUUACUCUGUACCCUGAUUCCAAACCGCAAUCCCCAGUUAGGAAUUUGAAGACUUGUUUUUUUUUUUUUUUAAAUUAAUCUCAAAUAUGGGGAAUUGUUUGGGGAUUCAGUUCAUUAAAUUGAAACAAGGUGCAAGAACAGGUUUAAAGCUUUUAUGGAAAGACAAGGAAAAUGUUGCUGUUGAGAUUGAUGAUUCUGCUGAGGAACACACAGUUUAUGUGUCAGAUGAUUCCAGUAAUGAAGAUUGGUUAAUUGUGAGUAAGUCUAAUGAAGGAUAUAGGCCUUUGAAAAAUUCCCAGGAAUCGAAGAAGAAGAAGAAAGGACAUCGAAUUACGAAGGAUGCGGUUGAGGAAUGUUUUGCGCCUCUCACCGACGAAGAAGAGGCUUUGGUUUCUCGAGCAUUGUCGUACUCCGAUAGGAGAGAAGUUUUGGUGAGUCAUCCGAAUUGUAAUAUUGAUAUUACGGGAGAGAAUCUGAUGUGUUUGAGCCCGGGUGGAUGGCUUAACGAUGACGUCAUUAAUUUGUAUCUCGUAUUGUUGAAAGAAAGGGAAGAAAGAGAAAGCCAUAAGUUCUUGAAAUGCCACUUCUUUAACACUUUCUUUUAUAAGAAGCUAAUUAGUGGUGGAGGCUAUAACUUCCAAUCUGUUAGAAAAUGGACUACACAGAAAAAGCUCGGAUACAGCCUUUUAGAUUGUGAGAAAAUUUUUGUGCCUAUCCACCAAGGCGCACACUGGUGUCUGGCUAUCAUCAAUAAGAAGGAUAAAAAGUUCGAGUAUCUUGAUUCACUCAAAGGAUUUGAUAUACAAGUUCUGCAUGUACUGGCUAAGUACUACGUUGAUGAGGUAAAGGACAAGAAUAAAGAAGACGUUGAUAUUACUUCUUGGAAGGCAGAAUUCGUCACUGAACAUCCCGAGCAAGAAAAUGGGUUCGACUGUGGCAUGUUCAUGAUCAAGUAUGUUGACUUUUACAGCAGGGACGUUGGACUAUGUUUUGACCAGAGGGACAUGCCGUAUUUUAGGCGGAGGACUGCGAAGGAGAUUUUGAAGUUGAGAGCAGAGUGAUGAAUGCAAUAGAUUUUUUGUUUAAAUAUUUCUGUAAUUGAGAAUAGAGAUUUAAUUAUAUAUCUAUAUAUUUUUGUAAAUUGAAGCAAUGCAGAGAAAGUGAAGCAAAUGUAAAUUAAAGACCAAAAACUUAAUUUCUAUCUCAAUAAUUUUGUUUAGGGUAAA